AGUUCUGCAGAAGGAUUUUAUUUUGAAGGCUCUGACAGGAAGUUGUGAGGUGUCUCUGUGUAACUUCAGAGGAGGAAACUUUGUUCAGUGCGUCAGGGGUGCUGUGAUCGAGCUGUGUGCGCCUGUUUCUCAGAGUUAACGGGACUUUCAGCGGAGAGGAAGAUGCUGCUGUGGCUCGUGCUGCAGGUCCUCGUUUCCCAGCAUGCCCUGGCUGUGGUGGUGGAGGUGUAUGAGGGGGCAAAGUCUGUCCAGCUGCCCUGUCAGUACACAGGUCUUACACUUACGAACCCCACAGUGCUGUGGACUCGCAAUGAUCUCGACCCCAAAUCUGUCCACGUGAGACGAGAGGAAACAAAUGAUGUAACAGGACAAAAUCAGCGUUACAGCGGGCGCACAUCAGUGAGGCCUGAUGCUCUGGACUCUUUAGACUUCAGCCUCACUCUGAGAAACCCUCAAAUGACUGAUAGUGGCAACUACACCUGCUCCAUCAGAAAUGAAAGGGCAGAACUGAAACUGACCGACGUACAGCUGCAUGUCAAAGAUCAGCAGGUGGAGGUGAAGGUGGAGGAAGGGUCAGACUCUGUCAUCCUGCCCUGCAAAACAAAACCUGAUCUGCCUGAAAAGGCCACAGUGGAGUGGACUCGCCCCGACCGAGAACUCACUAUGGUCCAUUUGUAUGUAAACAGAAGUGACCAUCCUAAAAAUGUAGACAACCUUUACUGUGGCCGCGCAAAGAUGAACAAAGACCUGCUGAGAACUGGAGACCUCAGUCUGACCCUGGAAUACCCCACAGAGAGAGACAGUGGAGGAUACAUCUGCACCAUCUACAGGGACAAAGACAUCCUGAGACAGAAAGUAGUGCUGCAGGUCAAAGAACCAUUUCCAUCCUGGACCACAGCUCUCCUGGUUCUCCUGGGUCUUCUUCUAGUAGUUUCUGCGGGUCUUAUAUUUCAAUUCCGUCAUUAUUUGGUGUCAGUGAUUCCGGUGAAGGUGGAGGUGGAGGAGGGGGCGGAGUCUGUCCAGCUGCCCUUCAAAACCACAAAAUUCCUGUCGGGGGAAAUUCAAGUGAUAUGGGAACGUUAUGAGCCGUUCCAGAAGGCUCACGUGUUUACAAACGGCCCAAACCAAUAUGAAGAACAGCACGAAGUUUAUAAAGGCCGAACUGUGAUGAACAAAGACCUGCUGGAAACUGGAGACCUCAGUGUGACCCUGAAACAGCCCACAGAGAGAGACAGUGGAGAGUACAAGUGUUUGGUGUGGAGGAAGGGAACCUUCAUCAGAAAGAAAACCGUGAAGCUCAAAGUCAAAGGUCCAGGAUCAAACAGGGGACAUCGGGACCAGAAGCAGCUUCAUUGAUCCGACUCUGAGUUUUACCCUCACCACUCUGCCUUUUUGUUCAUUUAGAGAGUUUUAAUGUCACAGCGUGAUAAUACAGGAACACACAUUUCACUUUUAAGUCCAGUCACAUCCUCACUCUGUCUCUGCUGUGUGCACAGUCCUUCACUGUGUGUGAUCAGCUAUUGUGUGACGUUCCAUAUUCCUCAUCUGUUUCUCACCAUCUUUACAGUCUGUGCUGUUUAACCUUUUUAAGCCAUUUUUGGGCUUUUUCUAAACACUUUCAAAUAAAGGUUUUACUUCACUUUA